AUGCUAGCUCCCCUUCAGGUGAAUAAGGAAGAUGAACAAGCUAGGCAGUCAUCGAAUCGUAAAAGAUACUUCAGCGAUCUCCUAGGUCUGGCCAGGGAAGCGAGACCGGCAAAGCAACGGAAAGAGGGAAAUGUCCGUUCCAGCAAGGAUGAAGCAUCCGAUAGACCCCUCAUACCUAGCAAGGACGACGAAGACUUGAUAGAACCGCCAGGAACCGGCAUUCAAGGCGACCUGUCCAAUUCGCUGGAGAUCGAGAUAAGUGGUAGCGGCACAAGGGACGACCCGCUCAGGUUCCCCACAUGGGAAGGUAAUGUGAUAUCAAACGACUAUCAUGGGGAAUGCAUUGAGCUCUCUGAUGACGAGGACGAAGACGUCGUGAACACGAACUCUUCCGCGAGCUUCCUAAAUGUUUCGAAGCCGUCCGGCUCACACCUUAUCCAUACAGAGGGCGCUGAAGGGUCGGGUCAUGGAGGAACAUCUUCGGCGCGAACCCAUCCAUUUCCUGGAAGUGAGGGACUGGCGUCUUCCAUCGACACUAGAAGCGUUGAUCAUACGCCUCUAAGCCGGAGAAUGAGCUCCAGUUUGCUGUAUGGUUUUUCUUUUCUCAUGUCCCCAAUUCCCAAGCUAAUGAAUCCCAGGUCACCGCCAUCCCCUUCACCAGCACAUACACACGCGUUCACGAAGCCCACAUCGACUGCACCGAUAAGCUUAAGCGAAACGACAGUCCGGCGUCCAAGUUGGCUGGUGCACAACCCUGACAGCCUUGUCAAGAUAGAGCAACAUGACCUCGAAGACAGCGACGAUGAAUUUUUUGAUGAGCAAUUGUCGGUGAACGCCACUUCGCUCAAAGGAAGAGCCAGAGACGCUUGUUGCGGCAGUGUGUCCACAGCAACUCGAACUAAUGUCCCGCGGGAACAGCAAGCACAGGAAGAAGACUUAUUCUUCGUCGCUGAUAUGCCAAAUCAAUCUGAGGACGCUGAGUGCGACUGUGUCAUCGUUCUUGAAAGAGUCAAACCUGCGAACUUGUCCCGACAACCGUGGACAAUUGACUUCAAGAAGGAACGAGAAGAGGUCAAUGACGUGCCAGACACUAUUCUGUCUCAGCAAACAUCUGCUUCAGAAGUUCAGCAGCAGCCCGACCCAUCUGACGAUCUUUUCUACACAGCGAGAUCUGCCUCCACGAUCUGUUCGGCUUCAGAAACCACGGUUACAGACGUCAUUUCUCCGUUUGUGCCACGAGCUCCUGUGGAGUUCAGUGAGAGCAUCGACUGGGACGUGCCGUUACCUGUUUCGACCAGAAAACGUCUCUUCUUUGAUACGUAUCAUCACCUAAGUCGUGCGCGUCUGGAGAAUGUUCUCCGCAUUUACUAUUCAGGUACCCAAGGUGGCCUGUCUCCUAACAGAUGUCGGCUAUACACCGGUCGCAGGCUGCCAAAACCUCCAUCUCAAACUCUCCGCAUCAGCAUCGAAUUCCAGCAUAAUUCCCGUGUUGAGAGAUUGUCCCUCAACAUUCUCGUCGUCAAGAUGCUCCUCGACGGAAGUCUAUCGAAAGAGCACAUCGAUGGCAUUGUCAACAACUCCUGGCACGCCAGCCAUCUUUGUGGAAACUGGACUUGCCUCAAUACCAAGCACGUUGUCCCGGAGCCCGGUUCCGUCAAUAAUAAUCGCAAUGUCUGCUUCAGAGAUGUGCAUGGACCAUGCAAUCAUACGCCGAAAUGCAUGAAGCACUUGAAGUUAGAUAAGCACCUCCUUCGACCAGGUACGGGCAUGACUGCUCUGAAGAACUUUCUAGCAGCUUGA